AUGGCAUCCACAGACUCCGCCCUCCUAUCCCAAACCAUACUCUCUUUAACGGAAAGCAAGAUCCGUGAGCUGGAGAAGCAGCGGAAUGCCUACGAGGCCCGCAAGACAGACAUCCUCCAGAACUCCAAACGCAGCCCUGACAUCCACGAGCGAAUCCAUCUGCUCCUAUCUGCCGUCGACGAGCUCCAGCCCGAAUUGACACAAGAUCCUGCAGUCACCAACAUCCGACGCUAUCUGCAGCAAGCGCAAUAUGACUCCUCUAUCCCAAAAGAGAAAUUAGAGGGGUUUGAGAAGUGUCUCGUUGAGAAGCUGAAUAUGCGAAGUGCAAAGCUAGCUAUGGCGGAUUUAUACUCGAGAUUAUUAAUGGAGUGGGUGGACCCCCCAGUCCCAUCUGAUAAGAAAGCCAAUGCAGAUGUCAACGUCGAUAUCGAUGAGAGCUCCCCGUCUAUCGGGGAACUUGAUUUGUUGGCGGAUGAGCGACAAAAGCAGGGAUUGAAGAAGCUGUGCGAUACAUUCGAGGCCGCUGUUUUCACUCCGGUGGACACGAACGAGGGGGACAUCCAUGCGUUUUUGAACAAGCUCUUCCCAGGCGAAAAGGGCGCAAAAUCUCUGGGGGAUCUGCGCAAGGAGAUCCGCAAAGAGACUACCGAGCAGUGGGAGCAAGACGAGCCGUUCAAUGUGACAACCUUGUCAGCGUGUAUCCGGGGCUUGGCGAUGGAGGAUCUCCUUAGCGAGGAGCGGCAAGUGAUGCUCAAGUCGUUUCUGAGCAACGAGUUGGCUCUGAAUGAGAUCGCAGACGUGCUGAAUUUUCGAUAUGCCGAUUUGAAGAAUUGGGGCUGGCAUGCGGGCGAAGGCGGGAUCCCCGUGCUGCCACGGCCGCAGUGGAACGGAAGAUAUCGGAUCUGGAUGGACGAGGAUGUGCUACAGACGAUAUUUGUUCAGUAUAUUGGCGUCAAGCUGUGCAAUCGUCUCAAGAAGGUCUUGCGGUGGUUUGUGGAAACUUCUGACUUGUGGAGGUGGUCUACGAGACCGCAAAUGACCGAGCGCGAAGGGCUGCGGAGGGAGUACUACUUGGGCUCGAGACGACUAUCGGGGGGAGUAACGGGUCAGCGGAGAUCCGAGUUUAUCAAUACCUAUUUUCUGUCUCGACUGCCCGCGACGCAGGAGACAUUGAUCGAACGGGGCGGGGCCUACGACGACGACGACGACGACGACGAUGGCGACGAUGGCGACGACGACGAUAGCGACGACGACGAUGACGAGACAUCUCCCAGGGAAGACGAGAGAAACAUCAAGCAGAAGCUCUUGAGAAAGCUUGCUACCGAAACCCUUCUUCAUCGUCAACUGUACGGAGGAGCCGCCGUUGUCCAGUCAGAUUUGAAAUGGUACGGAACCUGUCUUUCACAUAGCACCAUUUUCGCCGUGAUGCGGUUCAUGGGAUUCUCAGAAGACUGGGUCAGUUUCUUCAAAAAGUACCUCGAGUCGCCUCUGAACAUGGAUCAGGCGUCAGAGAACCGAGAGCAGAAAGGACCUCGAACCCGCAGAUGUGGUGUCCCGGUGGCUCAUGCAUCUGAGAAGUUCCUCGGUGAGCUGGUCCUGUUCUUCAUGGACUUUGCCGUCAACCGUGAAACUGGCAUGCUUCUGUACCGUCAACACGAUGACCUAUGGCUCUGUGGCGAGCCAGCCCCGUGUGCUCAUGCUUGGGAGGUGAUACAGGAGUAUGCUCAAGUGACCGGCCUAACGUUCAACCACGAGAAAACGGGUUCUGUCUACCUCUCGAAUGCCAAAGAUCCCGAUAUUGCGUCUCGACUGCCGCGAGGACCAGUGAAGUUUGGGUUUCUGAAGCUGGACGGCGAGUCGGGCGACUGGGUCAUCGACCAAACCCAAGUAGACGCACAUGUGCAACAGCUGCAGAUGCAGCUGAAAAACUGCAAUAAUGUGGCUAUCUCGUGGAUUCGCACAUGGAACAGUUGCAUCGGUCGUUUCUUCAAGAGCACAUUUGGCCUGCCGGCGAACUGCUUCGGAGGACCCCACGUGGACUCAAUCCUGGCCUCGUACGAGAAGAUGAAUAAGACUCUCUUCAUGGAUACUGAUGCACCCACAGUCACCGAUCACUUACGCCAAAUGAUCCGCUCCCGCUUCGAGAUCUCGAACAUUGAUACCAUCCCCGACGCAUUCUUCUUCCUGCCCGAAAAACUCGGUGGUCUCGCGCUGCGCAACCCAUUCAUUGCCAUCCUGUUGAUCCGUGACGGCAUACAAUUCAAACCAACAAAGUUCCUGGAUGACUUCAAGAAACACGAGUUCGAGCGGUACGUGUCAGACCAGAAGGACUUCAACAAUGAGUCCGACCGAACCCUUAACUACCGCCUUCAGGAUGUAAAUGAGGCUGGCAAGCCACCCAUCAUUUCCCAGUCCGAGCAACGCACUUUCAUGUCCUUCGACGAGUGGAGCAAGUUCCGUGAGAGCACGAGCUACGAUCUCUGCCACUGCUACAAGCAGCUGCUGGGCGUUCCGCGAGAGCACAGGGUGAAGUUGACGCAGGCAACAGAGGCAGCCCUGACGCAUGCGCGGAGGGUGGUUGAUCUUGGACAUUUGGAUGAGGAGGAAAAGUGGAUCUUGCAGUUGUAUUCUGAGGAUCUGACCAGAGACUUUGGGGGGUUGAGUAUUGUAGAUAAGAAGUUUUUGCCGUUGGGGUUGUUGGCGAUGAUUCGAGAAAAGAGGGUUAAGUGGCAGAUGGUUCUUUAG